CUUGUUCGAUCCCUCCGAUCUCCCCUCCGCAAGCUCCCAGGACCGUGGUAUGCUCCACUGACGACAUUGCACCUUCGAUACGCCUUCGCCAGGGGUACUAUCUGGAAGCUUGUCGAGUCCAAGCACAGACAAUAUGGACCGGUCUUUCGGUACGGUCCUCGACAAAUAUGGAUCUCGGACAAAGAUGCCUUGCGAACUAUU